AAAUACAUACCACAGGAGCAGGGGCCCCAUUUGACCUCUGGGAUUAGUCAUGACCAAAAUGAUGGACAGGGCCUCAGGCAGUGAGGGAAGGGGACCAAAGGAGGGUGAUCUGGGAGGGGGCAAGUGAAGGGAGGAAAUGGGCUGACUUCUGACGCACCUAUUGCAGGAGGGAGGAGAACUAGGCAUCCGAGCCCACUGGUGACACUCCUUCCUGUGAUCCAGAGCUGACGCCUGCAGAAGUCCCUCUCCUCCAGGUCUUCAGGUCUGUGGCUGUAGGCACCAACCCAGACAAGGAAAGGAAAGACCUGAAGUAUCAGUGCAGGCAAAGGAGGGCAAAUCUCAACAUGGAGAAGGUCUACAGAGAAAAUGAAGGAAACUUAGACAAUGAAGGAAAGCCAGAAGAUGAAGUACAGCCUGAAAAUGAAGGAGAGUCAAAUGAGAAAGAAAAGCUGGAAGUGGAGAAGAAGUCAGAACAGGAACCAGAGGUCCAGAAUGAGAGGAAACCAGACAAUGAGAGACAACCAGCAGGUGAGGGGAAGCAAGAAAAGCAGGGCAAAUCCGAAGCUGAGGGAAAUCCACUCAGGGAGGGCAAGCCGGAAUCCCAGGCAAAGCCAGAGAGCCAGUCUCACACUGCCGAAAAGCGCCCUGCUGAAGAUUAUGUGCCCCGGAAGGCAAAAAGAAAAACAGACAGGAAGACAGAGGAUUCCCCCACAGACUGCAGAUUCUCUGGGUUAGGGCAGUAGAGGAGAUUAUCUUUUCAUCUGUACUUUCCCCACUAAAGAACACAGAUUACUUUUUGUCAUAAAAUAAUUAAUAAAAGAUUUUAAAAAUAGUAAA